AUGGCUCAGAGCAACUCGCAAAGCAGACGCAGGCUCCCCAGCACCAUGUCGACAACUCGAUCACGCAUGUCUCAAGCUCGGUCGCUGACGACCGGAAACGUAUUUGUGAUGACCCAGAGAUACUCAGGAUCGUCACCUGAGCAAGAGCGCAAGAUCACACGUUCUCUCAGGCCUCUUUCUUCUACAGGUACAGCCGGCCAUGACAACGACAGCCAGAGGCAGAUGCAGGUCGAUCACUGCAGCUUUCCCAGGCGGCGUCCACUCCAUCCCGAGACUCCUCCGCUCAAACCAACAACGCUCGACAAAUUCGCCGUUGGCAUAGGGGAGGGGAUCCACGGCAGCAUCACCACAGGCCUGGACGAGUUCACAGCCUGGUUUGGCGCCACACCCUUGAACAGCAAUGCGUUACUGCCAACCAGCAAUGGCAGAACUGGGAGCGCCAAAGCGCUUCAGACAUUCAGUCAAAAGAACAUCGUCUGCCGGCAAGUCACCCAGGCCUGCCGGACCUGUCGCUCCCUCGAAGUUAUCGAGCAGGCCUGA